GGUAUCUCGGCCUUCAAAAGGCUUCUUUAUUGAGAAUCGAUGUCUUCUCCUAGGUAAUUGAUCACCAUAGACCCAGGGACACCCGAUUCAUCGUUGAGGGAGGAUAAUCAUCAUGAAUAAUCAAAAAGCUGUGGCCGUGCUACUGCAAGAGUGCAAGCAAGCGCUGGACCAGCUCUUGUUGGAGAGGCCAGAUGUGUCGGAAGAGGACAAGAGCGGAGACCAGAGGAGCAGAGCUUCACUCCCCAGCGAGUUAAGGACCCUGAUCCAGGAGGCAAAGGAAAUGAAGUGGCCCUUCGUGCCUGAAAAGUGGCAGUACAAACAAGCCGUGGGCCCAGAAGACAAAACAAACCUGCAGGAUGUGAUUGGCGCCGGGUUGCAGCAGUUACUGGUGUCUUUGCGGGCCUGCAUCCUCGCCCAGGACUGCGCUGAGGCGGCGGCGGUUGUGUUCUUGGUGGACCGGUUCCUGUAUGGGCUCGACGUCUCUGAAAAGCUCCUGCAGGUCGCCAAGGGCCUCCACAAGCUGCAGCCGAAGACGCCCAUCGCCCCGCAGGUGGUCAUUCGCCAAGCCCGCAUCUCGGUGAACUCAGGGAAACUUUUAAAAGCAGAGUAUAUCCUGAGCAGUCUCAUAAGCAACAGUGGAGCAACAGGUUCCUGGCUCUACAGAAAUGAAAGUGACAAGGUCCUGGUGCAGUCAGUCUGUAUACAGAUCAGAGGGCAGAUUCUGCAGAAGCUAGGAAUGUGGUAUGAAGCAGCAGAAUUAAUAUGGGCCUCAAUCGUAGGAUAUCUGACACUUCCUCAACCAGAUAAAAAGGGCAUUUCCACGUCACUGGGUAUACUGGCAGACAUCUUUGUUUCCAUGAGCAAGAAAGAUUAUGAGAAGUUUAAAAACCAUCCACAGAUUAACCUGACCCUGCUGAAGGAGUCUGACCACCAUUUGCCGUCUGCCGCAGAAGCCUGCAAGCUAGCAGCUGCCUUCAGCGCCUACACACCCCUCUUCGUGCUCACAGCUGUGAAUAUUCGUGGCACAUGCUUGUUGUCAUAUAGUAGCUCUAAUGAUUGUCCUCGAGGAAUGAAAAAUUCAUAUCUGUGUGAAGCCAAAGAGGCCUUUGAAAUUGGCCUCCUCACCAAGAGAGAUGAUGAACCCGUCACUGGGAAACAGGAGCUUCACAGUUUUGUCAAAGCUGCUUUCGGUCUCACCACAGUGCAUAGAAGACUGCAUGGGGACACAGGGACAGUGUGUGCAGUGAGUCAGCUCUGUAAGGAAGCCAUGGAGAAGCUGUACACUUUCACUACUUCCUCCAGAAGUCAGGACAGAGAAGCUCUGUCUCAGGAAAUCAUGUCUGUGAUCGCCCAGGUGAAGUGUCAUUUACAAGUUCAAAGCUUCUCAAAUUUAGAUGACAGAUCUUAUGUUCCAGAGAGUUUUAAGAGCGGAUUAGAUAAGCCCAUCUUGUGUGAGAAAGUGGAUUUCAAAAAAAUCCUUGAAACCUAUUCACAGCACCAUACUUCAGUGUGUGAGGUAUUUGAAACCACUUGUGAAAACAGCAAAAAUAAACAGAAAGAUGCAAAAACAGGAGUCUGUAUCACUGCUCUAAAAACAGAAACAAAAAACUUAGAUACUAUGACUACUACUCAAGACAAACCAUGCUGUCAAAAAGGCGCAGGAACAUCUUCCUCUCAAAUGGCUAAGUGUAGUCAGGAGAAACUCAGAAGGGCAGGAGGGAGAAACUGGGCCCAUUCUGAUGCAUUUCGAGUCUCCCUGGAUCAAGAUGUGGAGACGGCGACUGAGCCACCAGACCACAGCAAUGGCGUAGGAGCUGUUUUGAACAAGUCUCUGAGUGACAGCCAGAGCUCCAGUUCUUGGAGCAAGUUAUCAGGGUUCAGUUCUUCUACAAGCUGGGAGGAAGUGAAUCAUCAUAUUGACAAUAGGUCAGCCAGGAAAGAGCCUAGCAAAGAAGAACAUCCGGUGGACACUCAGGGUUCCACUGCCUUUUGUGAGAAGUGGGAGAGUAGUAGGGAAGGCAGAGCUGUACAUUCAUGGCAUUCAGAGCUUCACAGUCUCUCUCUCCAGGUAUCUGAGGAUGGCAAUUUAGAGUCUUCUCAAAGUCAGCUACACAAGAACAUGCCCUUGAUGGCCUCCCCUCAUCAUAACACAACAGGUACCUUCCUGGCCUCUGGUGCAGGGUUAUUAGAAGGAGAUCUGGAAAGUAUCCAGGAAGGCAGAAAUAUGGGACCCAGAAAGACUUUUGCUCACUCCGCAACCUCGUGUGAUUCUGCUUCUUGGUCUUCUUCUGAUUCUAAUAGACUCAAAAAUAUGGCCACAUAUCCUUUAGUCCAAGAAGAGGAAAUAUUUGAAAUAACUGAUGAGUCUCAAGGAACCAACUAUGAUGCCAAAGCCAGGCAUAGGGAAGAGAAGGGAGAAGAAAUCAAUGAAAGAGGCACAGGCCCUACGUUUAAAGAUAUCUCCUCCUGGGUUGACCCAGAAGGAGAAACAGCAGAAAGCACAGAAGACUCACCCUUAGACUCUCAUGUAGUCAUGGAGAAUUCUCUGGGCAACAGUUCCAUGCUGACAUGUGGCUCUUUCACUCCUCACGGGAAUGAAAACCAUGACUCAGGAAAGGGUCGUGGCUCCAUCACAGAACAGGACAUCGACCCUGACGCCUCCACGGUGGAUGAGGAGGAGCAAUUGCACCAAAUGCUGGACAGCAUGGAGGCUCACUCCACAAGUGGGUGUGGCUCUCAUAGAUCAUGUGCCCUGAGGCAGCUGCCUGGUCAGAAGGCCAAGACCCCCAAUUCCUCUGUGAGCAGUAACAUUCCUUUCGCUGUCCUCAGCGAAGACUGCACCACCACAGAGGAAGGAAAUGAACCUGGGAGCAUGCUCCACUGCAGCCAGAACUCCAGCUCAUCCUCAGCGUGGUGGUUGAAAUCACCUGCUUUUUCCAGCGGUUCUUCUGAGGGGGAAAGCCUGUGGUCCUAUCUGAAUUCCAGCGGAAGCUCUUGGGUUUCAUUGCCAGGAAAGACAAGGCAAGAGGUCCUGGAGGCUCGCACCUUGCAGCCUGACGACUUUGGAAAACUCUUGGCGGGAGUGAGGCAUGAUUGGUUGUUCCAGAGGCUGGAGAAUACAGGAGUUUUUAAGCCCAGUCAGCUCCAACGAGCGCACACCAUCUCAAUCGCAUGUCCCCAAGGAGGGAGAAUCCAAACCGUAGGGCUUCAGUCAUCCAGUUUAGUGCAGAAUCUCUGUGAGGAGGUAUUGCCCCUAGCUGGGCUUCAAGAGCUCUCGUUCUUUAUCCAAGGAUAA